GACACUCAGCCUUGAGCCAUGGAGCUCAGCAUCCUCCUCCUCCUCGCUGUCUUCACAGGACUCUUACUUCUCCUGGCCAGGGGCCACCCAAAGACCCACAGCCGCCUCCCUCCAGGUCCCCGUCCUCUGCCUUUCUUGGGGAACCUUCUGCAGAUGGACAGAAGAGGUCUACUCAAAUCCUUCCUGAGGUUCCGAGAGAAGUACGGGGAUGUGUUCACCGUGUACCUGGGGCCCAGGCCGGUGGUCAUGCUGUGUGGGACGGAGGCCAUACGGGAAGCCCUGGUGGACCAAGCUGACGCCUUCGCUGGCCGUGGGAAAAUUGCUACCGUUGAGAAAACUUUCCAAGGAUAUGGUGUCAUUUUUGCCAACGGAGAGCGCUGGAAGACCCUCCGGCGAUUUUCUCUGGCCACCAUGAGGGACUUUGGGAUGGGCAAGCGGAGCGUGGAGGAGCGGAUCCAAGAGGAGGCUCAGUGUCUGGUGGAAGAGCUGCGGAAAUCCCAGGGAGCCCUACUGGACCCCACCUUCCUCUUCCACGCCAUCACUGCCAACAUCAUCUGCUCCAUUGUCUUUGGAGAACGCUUCGCCUACAAAGAUCCACAAUUCCUGAGGCUGCUGGACAAUUUCUAUGAGUCCUUUGCAUUGAUCAGCACUUUCUCCAGCCAGGUGUUUGAGCUCUUCUCGAAUGUUCUGAAGCACUUUCCCGGCACACACCGACGAGUCUACAAAAACAUGAUAGAAGUCAACACCUUCAUUGCCCGCAGCGUGGAGAAGCACCGAGAAACCCUGGACCCCAACACUCCCCGGGACUUCAUUGAUACCUUCCUGCUCCGCAUGGACAAAGAGAAGUCCAACAAGGACACCGAGUUCCACCAGCGGAACCUCAUCCUCACUGCGCUGUCGCUCUUCUUCGCUGGCACGGAGACCACGAGCACCACUCUCCGCUAUGGGUUCCUGCUCAUGCUCAAAUACCCCCACAUCACAGAGAAAGUCCACAAGGAGAUUGACCAGGUGAUCGGCUCCCAUCGUGCUCCCACUCUGGAUGACCGAGUCAAAAUGCCAUACACUGAUGCGGUCAUUCAUGAGAUUCAGCGAUUCGGGGACCUCCUGCCCAUCGGUGUGCCCCGUGUGGUCACCAAAGACACGAACUUCCGAGGGCACAUCAUCCCCAAGGACACUGAGGUGUUCCCCAUCCUGAGCACUGCCCUCCACGACCCACAUUACUUUGAAAAACCAGAUGACUUCAACCCGGGCCACUUUCUGGAUGCCAAAGGGGCACUGAAGAAGAUUGACGCUUUUAUGCCUUUCUCCUUGGGGAAGAGAAUUUGCCUCGGCGAAGGCAUUGCCCGGACAGAAUUAUUCAUCUUCUUCACCACCGUCCUCCAGAACUUCUCUGUUGCCGGCUCAGUGGCCCCUGAAGAGAUCGACCUUACACCCCGGGAGUCUGGUGUGGGCAAAGUACCCCCCACGUACCAGAUCCGCUUCCUGCCCCGAUGAGGGGGCAGGGGCAGGGGCCAAAGGAUUCCGGGGGCUGUCCGGGGUUCCCACCUCUCCUGAGAAUGGUCCCUGAUGCCCUUCCCAUCUCCCCAUCUCUGAGAGACCUGCUGCUGUAGGCCAGGAGCCUUCCCAUCUUGGUUGUAGCUUCCAAUCGGAAGGUCCUUCCUAUCAUCCCGUCUCCUCCCACCAUACUGCAAGUUUUCUGAAGACGCCAGGUCUUUCUGCCUUCCUCUGGGAAGGAGUUCCAGAGUGGGAAGCAACCUCAGAGAGAUCCAACUCCUUCCUUGUUGUACCUCAAGCAACUGGGGCUUCUCAGGGGACACUUGGCAAGGGACUUCUCAGUCGUUGUGUCUCUGCAGGCUGAGCGCCUUCUUCUCAGGCCAACCACAGUCUCCACUUAUCCCUGCCCGGUGCCCCAGGAGAGCUGGACUUAGAGGGCUCUCCAUGCAAGUUGACUCCAGUUCUCCUCUCCACAGCCCUGUGUGGCGGGUGCAACAAUCAGGCCCAUUUUACAGCUGUGCAAACAGAUCCCCCCGGGAAUGAUACCUGUUGUCCAAGGGCAAAUAAUGCCAGUGAGCGGAGGAGCCAGAGCCUCUGCUGGUCUGUCUGGGGCCAGAAUUCCAACGCUGCACUGCAGCCUCUUCAAGUUUGGAAUAGUCCUCCUUCUUAGCUAGCUCUGCCACUUUUCCCUCUGUGUGAGGGUCUCUCCUGAGCCUGUGCCCCUCCUGAGUCGUGUGACUCUGGUGCCCUGUCCUCUCGGAUACUCCCUUUUAAUAAACACCCGAAGCUGAUGUGCCCACACCAGGUGCCCUUC